AUGACAUCUCAAGCCCCGUUCAUAAGAACUGUCUAUUUCCGCUUCUCCCUCCUUUUCGGCUGCGGCUGCUAUCUCGCCAACAUGCCACUCGCAAAAGACCUGUUGCACCCAUCCCCUGAGGAAGAGAAGAGACGACACAAGAAGAAGCGUCUGGUCCAGAGCCCAAACUCUUACUUCAUGGAUGUCAAGUGUCCAGGAUGCUACAAGAUCACCACAGUGUUCAGCCACGCUCAGACUGUCGUCCUGUGUGUCGGCUGCUCGACGGUGCUGUGUCAACCCACUGGAGGAAAAGCGCGCCUCACAGAAGGAUGCUCUUUCAGGAGGAAGCAGCAUUAGUCUCAUCAGUGCCCACAUAGGGCGGGGCGAGAGGUGGGGUUGGAAUGCACAACAUCAGUGACUUCCAUUUGACCGUGACAUUUCUGACCUGGAGGGUGUGGAGCCGGAACUGAGAAGAAAGACCUGCAAGCAUCAAGCCUGCUAGCUGAGCAGGAAAGAACCAAACUGGACCCACU